CAUCUUUCUCUGUUCAGUUAUAGCUAACAUAAAAGGAAUUCCUUGGGAAAAUCAUGGAUUCCUCGGACGGAAAAGCUCGUGCCAGCGUAGCUGGUGUUGGUCGAGCUGGAUUUAUUAGAGAUCCGUCAGGAUUACUGAUGUCCAUUAUUCGGACAUUGGCAUCAAGCGAUGAUGACCGUCAACGAGAUCAAGAAAAAGAGAGAUUGGAAGAAGCUUUCACUGAGAACGAUGAAAAACUUGAUGAAAUGGUUGCAAUAAACUAUGAAGAACUUGCCAAGACGAUCAAGCAGUUUGGAAAAAUUGGCGAACGGAUUUCUGAAUCUCGUAGCCGCAUAAAACAUGUGAAAGAAAGCCUUCUUCAAUGUAAAUCUUUGUUACAUUGUAGACAAGAUGAGCUUCGUAAUUUAUGGAAGGAAGGUGUCAAGUAUAAACGAGUUUUACAACUUCUCGAUGAUAUUGAGGAGGUGAAAGCAGCCCCUGAGAAUAUCGAUCAGUUCAUGAAACAAAAGUAUUACCUUCACGCUACUCAAUUGAUUCUAAAAAUACUUCGUUUACUCACUCAUGAUUUAAUUAAGGUUGAAGCCUUGAAUGAUAUAAGAAAUGAAUUGUUGAGUCGCAGAGUAACAAUGCAUGAGGGCUUUAUAACGGAGCUACACAAACAACUGUAUUUUAAUUCUGUGAAAGCAAGUGACAGAGAUUCUGAAGUGAAAUAUGAUUUAAACGAUGUUGAAAAGCUUGAAGAUGUUACGAAAGAUCCAGAAAAAGAUCCGUUUCGUCUAAUGGCAAUAUUGGUGCUUUCUCUCGGCCUUUUAGGCAAGAUUCCAGAUGCCAUAGAAGCUACCAAAGUUAAAAUGGAUCGGCAUAUAAAUAUGAUUGUUACACAUACUACUGUAGAAAUUACUGAUCUUUUCUACAAGCAAGGUGACGAAGGAGAUAACCCAGAACGUCUUUUACAAUUAUUAGAAAAGCUGUUUGAAAAGUUUCGAUGCAUUGCCAGUGCUCACGAACACAUAUUACAUUUAAUUUCUCAAUCUGCGAGCAAAAAUUCAGAUGGUUCAAUGGAUGUCCAGCUUUAUGACAUGGAGGAGGUUUGGUCUAAAAUCCAAUCUGUGCUGCAAGCUAUAUUACAAGAGUAUUUAGAUUUUGACAAUGCAUCUGCUAAUUCUCAACUAGCAAACACUGGUUUUAAUGAUGUACAAAGUGGCAGUUUUGCAUCCCAUUUUUCAAGAAAGCGUGCAACCCGUCCUCGUGUUGCUAAGCUUUUUCGUUUUGAGGCAUCUUCUCAUGCAAUAUCAAUGAAUACGUACUUACGUGAACAGAGAGCUGAACAAAGAAUAAACGCAGGUACUAAAGACGCAAGCACUCAAGAACUAGUUGACCAUAAUAUCACAGCUCAAAAAGUUUGCAAACCCAAUUCAAGGAAUAUUACUCUCAUUUUUGGACCUCUCAACAAUUUCAUUAAAGAAAUAGAAAGUGAAAUGCAUUACUCCGGAGGAAGAAAAUGUCUGCUCAAUGAUUUCAUCACGGAUUAUAUUCAAAAUGUUUUCAUCAGGCAGAUCCAAUACGAAAUGAAGAAAAAUUUUGACGCUUCAAGUAAAGUCACUGAUCCACUGAAAGCCCUUAUGGAUACAUCUAGCAAUAAAAAACUGAAUUCAUCUUGCAACUCAUUACUUCAAAGUGCGGUUGUUGUUGAUCAAUGCAUGUGGGACUUACAUUCACUCAUGACAAAUUUAGGAGGAUAUCACGACCAGUUUUUGGCAAUGGCUUGUUCUCUGUUACAUGAAUACAAAGAAACGUUGAUUCAAUCGUACAGAGGAGUAGUGCAACCACAGUCUGAAGAUCAAAGAAUUAUCAGUGCUUCGUGGGUUCGGGAAGCCGAUUCUAAUAAAUUCUUAAGAAAUCUGGAGAAUUGGGCAAUCGUUCAACGACCCGUACAAAAAACGAAUACUCAUAAUAAAUACUCUCAUCAGUUACUCAAAGAUUUUUAUAGAGAAGGUCAAUAUUUUGUGUCGAGAGUAGGUGAUGAACCAAUACCAACUGGUGGAUUUGUAGAAGAUGUCACUGACCUUGCCGCUAUUGCAAAUUUGCACGAAAGUUUGCAAUGGUUCGUCAAACGACUUAAUCUUCUGCUGACUGAGAUUAAUCCAACAGCUCCACAGGACACAAUGCUUAUGUUGAAUCAACUCUGUAGAGAUUAUAAUAGUAUGAGUGAAGUUUGUUUAUUGUGUCUUCAUAUUGAAGUUCGAAUUCACUGUUUUUACUACUUGAUUCCAAUGUGUAAAAAGAGCAACUUUGACAUCAGAACUAUCGAUAAUAUGGAACGGGAUGCACAGGUCAUCAAACUUGCUUCAGUCAUAUCAUCCAUGGAUGAAGUGUUUCGUUCUGCAUUACAACCUCACAAACAGAGUUACGUAUUUGAAGGACUGGGUCACAUGAUAUCUGCUAUCCUAAUUCAUGGAUCAAGAUUUAUCAACAGAAUUACACAUUCUGGAAUAAAAAGAAUGUGCCGAAACAUCUUCGCGUUACAGCAAGUUAUCACACAUGCUACUAUGUCUCGAGAAUCCCAUCUAGAUUCUGCAAGAUUGUAUUAUGAAAUGUUAUAUCAUUCUGUUGAUGACCUACAGAGCAUAGUGGUCGAACAGGGAGUUCAAUUUGAAGAAGAUGAUUAUGUACAAGCUGUAGAAUUACUGCACAGGAGUCGACCCGGUAGCGGAAGUGAAAGUACAAGACUUGCGAGAAUUCAGCGGUUGAGAGAAAUCAUACGAGAGCAAGUUCAUAAGAGUGAACAAGCUGCUAAACUUCAACUUGAAGAAGAAGAUAAUUAAUUUGAAAAUAUUUGUGAUAUUUUAAUCAACACUGUAUGUGCAAUCUAUGUUUUUCCUGAUUUCAUUCAUCUACACAAGUGAUAGAAAUGAAUUGUAUCUAUGCUUAUAUAUUCUCUUAUUAAUUGCAGCUUUAUGUACCUAGAAUGACUCCCUUGAUAUGGGUGUCCGUAAAGUCUCUUUACAAUUUCAAUUUUGUUUUGAAGUCAGUUCUCAAUGUAUCUUAACCAGGUUUGGUUGUUUUAUAAUCAGUAUUUUUACUUUAUUUAAUACAUCUGUUAGGGCCAAAACAAUAUAUGGUAUCUAUAAAUUCCCUUUGCAAUUUUAAGACUUCAUGGGCACCCUAUAUAUAUUGUGGCAAAGUGAUUUUCUAAUUGGAAAAAUUAUUAUACCACAGAUCAUUUUUCGAUUUAUCACAACACUAUUUUUCAUAAUGAUGUUCCAUUCUGUUGAAUUACGAAAUAUUAUAGCAUUAAAAUUAAUAGCGUUAAUAUUAUAAUAUUUUCUGUUUUCAUCGAUUAGAGUUGGCAACUUUCAGGAAAAUUUGUUCCAUGCAUACAGGACAUGUUAAAUUAUGUAUUAAAUCUGAAUCGAUAUAUAUGUAUCAUUCGCCGCAUUCUCUGCCAACACCAGGAUCCGGACAGCAGUCAUGGUACACAAUAGGAUUAAGCCGUUGAUCUGUGAACAAAGUUGUGAUAUAAAGGAAACAUAUAAUCAAA